AGCAGCAGCAGUAGCUCCUCCCUCUCUGCAGGUGUGCUUUACACCUGAACACCUUGUCUGGCUGGUUUCCGUAGGCGCAUAGUGUUGCAUAAAGGAUGGUGCGCCUCGCAGUUUUCCUCCUCCUGAUGUGUACGGGACCCCGGCUGGUAGGAGCCCUAGUCUUUGAGAUCCACAUCAAAGUCCUGGAGGGACGGACCGUCACCCUGCCAUGCCGAGCUCCCAACCGGAUAGACCCGGUCAAGUAUUUGGAGUGGAGCCGACCUGACCAGAAGAUGGCCUACAUCUUCCUCUACAGAGAUCAGCACGUCUAUCCAGACUUCCAGGACCGGGCCUUUAAGGACCGAGUGGACCUGCUGGAUAAAGAGAUGAAGGAGGGCGAGGUGUCUCUGCUCCUGAAGAACUCCACCACCGACGACAGCGGCGUGUACGAGUGUCGGGUCGUCCAGGCGGUGUCGAGCCGUCAGAAGAGAGCCGUUCUGAUCUCUGAGCCCAAUUUGAUCAUCAAGCUGAGAGUGGUCCGCGAAGAUCAGAUCCAUGAUACCGAUGAUGACAUCUGGAUCAACCAAAGAAGAUACCAGGAGGAAGAUGAAGAUGAGGGUGAAGACAUUCAGCAGUAUCUGCCCCUUUUGCUCCCAGUCGUUGCGGUGACUGUUCCCCUGCUGGCUUUAACCGCGUGCAGGUUUCUCAGGUCUUUAUUGAUGAUGAGCUACCGGCCCAUCUCUAAGUGAACUGCAGUGAUGGAGAACCUGUUCUGUAGAGUUCCUCGUCUUUUUUUAUUCUACGUUCAGCUUCUGUGAAACAUGUUUCUCUCAAGGGUUAAACUGGGUACAUUAGAAGCUCUUCUUUGACGAUUCUAUCCCCAGCUUUCAAAAUGGUGUUUCUCAGUUUUGUUGAGUUUGUAUUACUUUGUGAUGGGGAUGGGCACAGAUGUCUCACCGCUUUGCAUUCUGGGAUGGACGUGGUCUUACUGUCAGCUCUGCUACGUAAAAGUCUAUAGGUGGUGGAGACCCUGAGGGAGGGGAACAAAGAGGAUGAUUGCUGUUAUUGUUAGAGAUGUUAUGAACCGUGAUUGUGGCUAAAUUUUAUCCAUAAGAGCCUCCGGACCAGGAGGGAUCCUAUUGUUUACAGUUGUUACUAGUGCCGUAUUUUUUUAUACUUAUUUCUGCUUAAAGAGCUCGUGUUAAUGUAACAGUCAUUUAGAUGAUUCCUGAAUGCUUUUGUGUAUAAUAGUUCCCCCAAUCUGGGGGCAUUUUACAACAUUUCUAGGACACACAGGGCCUUGCAAAGGUUUCCAACCCUCUUGGCUUUUUACCUAUUUUGUUACAUUCCCAUCUGUAAUUUACAUGAUUUCAAUCUUGGUUCAUUGGAUGAAUCUGCACAAGACUGUCUAGUUUGGUGACGUAAAAUAAGACAAAUAAACACAAAAACAGAAAAUUCCUAUGAAGACCCUAAAAUGUUCUUGUCCAACCAAUUACCUUCAAAUGGACCAUAAUUAAUUAAAUGAAGUCCAGCUGUGUGUCUUAAGUGUCACAUGACUUGUUAGUAUAAUCCUGAAAGGCCACUAAGAAAGAGGCAUCACAGCAUGAAGACCAAGGAGCUCCCCAGACAAGUUAGGGACAAUGUUCCCCUGGAGCAUCAUCACUGUCUUCAAAUGAAACCACCUGGUACCACAGCAAACGUACCAACUAACCCUAACCUGCCCAAUCCAUUUUAAUUCAGGGUUGUGAGGCAACAACAAAAAAAAGCCAAGAGGUGCGAAUACACUCUUACGUGGUCAAACCUGGGGCAUCAAUAACACUUUGUGUCAUAGAUUGUGAUUUGUGAUUGCAAAUUCUGCAUAUAUAUACUGUCCACAUAACGUUAAAGUUGAGCAAUUUUCUCUGUUUCAUUCCCAUUUCUGGUGCCUAACAAUGUCUUAUGGUUACUGCUGGGAUCUUAAGCUCAUCUGAAUACCCCUAAUUUUAGCUCCCAGCUCCUGUUCCUUCACCUUUCACCAGGUUAACAGUGAGAACUCUAUCAUGGGGAGGAAUGAUGAGUCAAAUCUGGGCCUACAGCCUUCUGAACAAGAACUAUAAAGUUCGUAUUUUUCUCCAGACAUUUUUAUGUUGAUUUCCGUGAGCGGGGGCUGUGCUGACACGUCAUGUCAUGCAAAGGAUUGUGGGAGAUCAUGGCUUCUUGGCACCGGUAAGGGAUGUUGUGGGGUUCCUAGGCUAAAAAAGCCUAGGCCUGCAUUAUUCGGACAGCUAUCAUCAUGGCGACUGACGCACUUUUGAUUUGGCUAAAGAGUCCUCGCUCUGUUUAUGAUUGAAUCUACAUCUGUAAUUGAAGCCUGAUUCUGCUGGCUUAGCCAACAUGGCAUUGAGCCGCAGUGUGAUGUCACAAUCCCCUUUCUGUAUGGGGGGUAUUCCCCAGGGUUCUUUGUGUGGUCCCAUGCUGUUUGCCUUGGAUGUUCCUUCUCUUGGGUGAGAAAUGAAGUAAUUAAAGUAAUUUCCCUCUGGGAUUAUUAAAGUAUGUCUGAUUCUGAUGAAGCAAGUAAAACAAACUAUUUAUUUCUAUUUUUUUUUAACAUUGUGGUGCUUGUAAUUCACUAUAUUUGUGUUUUUAAGUCCUUUCAGGAUCAGCUUUAUGUGCUUAAACUAGGAAUCUGACCUUGGUUUCACACACUCACAGCAUACACACAAUGUUGCACUCAGCAUAAGAUUCUUGGUUAAAAAAAAAAACAAAACCUGUUCCUCAUGUUUGCUGAAGUCCUGAACGGCAUAAUAACAUAACGGAUAAUUAUCCCCAUUUUUUUUAACCUAGCCUUCUGUUUCCUAAGAUGACUAUUUUUUUAUUACUUUGUUCUGAAAUAUCUUUUUGUUUUUAUAAAACAAUAUUUUUUAAUACUGAAAGAAAAGCAAAGAACAAACCAAAAACGUUUAUAAAUAUAUAUAUUUUUUCUUCUUUCACCCAGAAUCUUCCAAGUUUUGUUUUGGUAUUUCUACUUUUCGCCAUAACAGGCAGUGACUUAAACAUCAACCUUUCACUCAAUGCUGGCCUUCUAAAAUGUUAUGAGAUUAAAAGCCAUAACACAAUUUUCUAAAUAAAAUCCAUCAGAUAUUUUUUUUUACACAGGCUUACUGAAUAUUUAGUUUUUUUUUUCCCUUUUACCUGUUAAAGCUUCUUAUUUAAUUUUGUUAUAUCUGUGGUUACUGAGAAAUGGAUAAAGGAUAGUUUUUUUCCUGCUUCUUUAUGAAAAACGCCACCCCCUCACCAGAACCCCUUUUUUCUCACUUUCUCUGUUGUUAAAUUCUUAAAUAAAAUUUGUGAUAUUAUGUUCCAAACAAAACUAAAGCCCAAAUAACUUAAUACCAGUUAAAAUUGUUUAGUAAAAUAGUUAAAACGAGACUUUUCAAGACAUUCGCCCCUUGUGGCAGACAGGAGUAGUACAAUAACAAACACAGGGGAAAAAACACAAUAGUCUUAGUAAAAUAUUACUUCCUCUGGUGUGUUUGCUGUAAAGCGCCCUCUGCUGUUGUUCCUGUGUUUGAUUUCAGUACCUCUUGUGGUAGAAAGACAUGUUUUCAUUAUCACUUAUCUUUUUGGGCAAAAUAUUUUUUUAUGGUGAAGCAUAAGAAUAAAGAGUCCAAAAAAAAAA